GUGAGUGAUUCAUUAUCCAUUAUCCUCCUAGCACCAAGGAGGAGAUCCAGCCCUGCUGCCUAGCCAAGUCCAGUCAUGCAGGGCCAGGAAGAUGGAGACAGCAUCCUUCCUUUUGCCAAGUGUUCCAGGGUCGUCAGCAGAUCUUCACCCUGUGUCCUGCCUUUCCAGAACAGCAGACUGAUGAUGCCUCAGCCUUAUGGAGAUGCCUUCUGGGAGAAUCUCAGCCAAAGGUCUAGCUCCAACUGGACGGUAGAACAGCACGUUCCACCAAUAUUGAGGGCCCCUGGUUGCGCCCAGCCUGGCCUGCACCCUCUUGAGGGGCUCCCUCCCCCGGAGCAGCUUUGGAGAAGAAAGAGAAAGAGGCUGCAUUUGGAAAAAAUGCAAAAGGGACCUGGAAGCGUCCCAGCCCGCGUUAGAGCUGUGACUUAUCACCUGGAGGACCUGAGGAGGCGCCAGAGAAUCAGCAACGAACUGAAGAUGGCCCAGUGGGGCCGCUGUGGGGGAGCACCUGAGCUCCCUGUGCUUGAGGAGGACUGUGGACUCUUCCGCACGAAGACAUGCCGUGAUGUAGAAGGAGAGAGGGCAGCGGGUCCACAGGAAGAGAACUGUUUUGUCACUCCCAGGGAUCAGCUGCUCUGGUCUCCCUGGACUCCGGUAGGCCAGGAGGGGACUUACACCUCCGGGCAGCCAAGCUCUCUGGCCCACAGCACUGUUACAGCCGGGAGGAACCCCGUUUAUAACCCCCAGAGGGCGGAGCUGGCGUCUGAGGAGUAGUGGAAAGUCAUCGCGCCCAGUUCAGACACAAGCCUCUCCCCGCUGCUGGCACCAAGGCUGCCGCUUCCCUCUCC